AUGUGCAACCUAUGUAAGUUCUUCAUCUUCUUUUACCUUACCACAGAAAUUUGGACACAGAAGUUGUAUUUAUCUCGAAGAAAAGCAGACCUGGGAGUUUAUUUCUCUAGGAAUCACACCGCUGUGGAAGGUAUUCGUUUCAAAAGAUCCAUUUUUCAAGGGCAAUACUGUAGAAGCUUUGGUUGUUGUAAAGACAGAAAUGAUGAUUGUGUCACUGAGUUCUAUGAGGCAAAUGCAUUGUGCUACUGUGAUAAAUUUUGUGAAAGGGAUAUCUGCCCUGAUUACAAAUCCUUUUGCCAUGAAGAGAAAGAAUUGCCACUUCACACUCAGUCUUGGAAUCCAGAAGGCAGGUUUCGGGGCAGAUGGACAGCACAGAACUACAGCCAAUUCUGGGGAAUGACGUUGGAAGAAGGUUUCAAAUUUCGCCUUGGCACCUUGCCACCCAGCCCCAUGCUCCUGAGCAUGAAUGAGAUGACAGCUUCUUCACCUGCAAGAACUGAUCUUCCCGAGUUCUUUGUUGCUUCCUAUAAGUGGCCUGGAUGGACUCAUGGGCCAUUGGACCAAAAAAACUGUGCCGCAUCCUGGGCAUUUUCCACUGCAAGUGUGGCAGCUGAUUGAAUAGCAAUUCAAUCGAAUGGUCGAUACACAGCCAAUUUGUCUCCUCAGAAUUUAAUCUCUUGCUGUGCCAAGAACCGUCAUGGAUGCAACAGUGGAAGUGUCGCUAGGGCUUGGUGGUACCCGAGAAAACGUGGACUUGUUUCCCAUGCAUGCUAUCCACUUUUCAAGGACCAAAACAUCGCCAAUAAUAGCUGUGCCAUGACAAGUAAGGCUGAUGGGAGGGGAAGACGUCAUGCCACAAAACCAUGCCCCAAUAACAUGGAGAAGUCCACCAGGAUCUACCAGUGUUCUCCUCCAUAUACAAUCUCCUCCAAUGAAACUGAGAUAAUGAGAGAAAUACUGCAAAAUGAACCAGUUCAAGCAAUAAUGCAAGUCCAUGAGGAUUUCUUCUAUUAUAAGGCAGGAAUAUACAGACAUGUUGCCAGCUCAAACAAAGAAUCAGAAAAAUACCGAGAACUUCGCACACAUGCAGUCAAACUCAUUGGGUGGGGCACACUGAAAGGAGCGCGAGGACAGAAAGAAAAAUUUUGGAUUGCUGCCAACUCCUGGGGAAAGUCAUGGAGAGAGAAUGGCUAUUUUAGGAUUCUUCGAGGAGUAAAUGAGUCUGACAUUGAAAAGUUGAUUAUUGCAGCUUGGGGCCAACUGACAAGUUCAGAUGAAGCAUAA